UGGAAAAACCUGUGUUUACAAAAUCGUCCAUUGUGAACCCAUCGACAUACCUGGGGUAGAGGAUAUACGUAAUUGUCAAAUAACGGAAUAACAACAUAGAACUGAAUUUUAGCCAUGGCAUGUUCCAAAGACCAGUUAUUGACAAGCCGGCUGGGUUUAGAAGAGGAACUGUCCUGUACCAUCUGUCUGGAUUUGUACGAUGAUCCUGUAUCCCUCCCAUGUCAACACAAUUUCUGUCGUAAAUGUAUACAUGCACACUUACAGCAGAAGUCGGAUGUUCUCGUGCAUGUCCUUGGAGGUCAGCCUAGACGAUUCCAGUGUCCAAAUUGUCGGGAAUCUACCGAGCUCACGGAUGCAGGCAUUAAAAUUUUGCCAAAGAAUUUCGCUUUACAGAACAUCAUUUCAAAACUUCAGGCAGUGAAAUCAGAAAAUGAUGAGGAAGAUGUAAGAGAAAUUAACUGCUGCCAUCACAACAAACCUCUGAUGGUGUACUGCAAUACAUGUGAGGAGGCCAUGUGUAUUGAUUGCAUUCCAACACGGAGUCAUGAAAACCACACCAUUGUCCAUUUUAAUGACAAAAUGAAGAUGUACCAGGAAGAAGUGGAGCAGUCAAUUUUGCCUAACGUUAUCAAGUUGCAAGAAUCUUUCAAAGGCAUAAAGGAAGAGCUCGACAGUAGUCACGAAAAAAACAAGGAAAUGCUUCAGGUCAAUUGGAAAGGAGUUGCUGACAGUUUUCAGGAACUUAGAUCAGCUGUGAACCAGAAAGAAUCAGAGUUGAUGUUUUCAUUUGAGUCGAAGAAACAGGAAAUGGAAUCCCAUUAUAAAAGUCAAACUGACAGAAUGGUUGUCCAGUUGGACACUCUGGGAAACCUCAUCACAAAAUUUUCAACCAUGACAUUCAAUGAUCAUGCAAAAAUUACUGAGGAAAUGAAAUUGGACAAAGAAAGUUGUGAAGAGGCGUCAAGAGAGGAAUCCGUGUCAAAAGAAAACAUGACAAAGUUCCUUGGUGACGUAAACGAGUUAGUGGGUUCCAAACAGCUAUUAGAAAUGACUGAGGAGCUGAACAAGAUUAAAUUUCAAAUCGACAACAUGAAGAUUGAAUCCACACAAGACGUUAGACUUCAACGGGGAGAUCAAACAGCACUAUGUCAAUCAACAUCAUCAUAUAGUACUGCCCCAGAACAUCCCUGAAGACUCUUGGCAACCGAAUAAAGGAAGACGAAUCAGUCAAAGGGUGAAAAUUGUGGACCCCAGCACCGGGAAAGAUAUAUCGAGCGAAAUCCAAAACGGAAGAUACACUGGACGAAGUUCUUCUGUAGAGCUGUCUCGGAGCCAUUGGUAUGACAGUUACGAGUUCCCCAAUGACGACACAUCCAACAAACCAUUGAACAAGGAAAAUCAACGAUCAGGAGGAAAAGUGAAGUUUUCGCAAUUAAAAAGGAAGCAAAAGAAAAAGAACAGAAAAGAAGGCAACGGCUUGUUCACCGACGAGGAUUACGAUUAACUAUAUAGUUUUGUCGUUAUUUCCUCCUAUAAAUAAUACAAAACGGAAUAAAUAUUGUAAUAGGUUUUUAACCUUCUCCGCCAAUUCCAAGAUAUUUUUUCUAUUGUAUAUGUGCCUGCUCGGUUCUCGGUAUAGUAUCUAUGAUUUAACGUUUUCCAUUUGAUUCCCCUUUACAUAUAACAUUUUAAUCCCCUUUAACAGAUUACAUUUUACAACCCUUAAAACAUAUCAUUUGAUUCCCCUUUACAUAUAACAUUUGAAUCCCCUUUAACGGAUAACAUUUUUAUCCCAUUUAAUAGAUAACAUUUGAAUCCCCUUUAACGGAUAACAUAUUAAACCUCUUUUACAGUUAACCAGAGGCGUAUAUAUCAUACAAGUCUCCGAGUUAACAUUUGAAUCCCCUUUACGGAUAACAUUUAAAUCCGUUUUUAACGGAUAAUAUCCUAACCUCCUUUAACAGAAAACAUUUUAAUCCUCUUUUACAGAUACCAUUCAAAUCCCCUUAAUAGAUUACGCUAGAGCCAUGUGUGUUGUUUUACACCGAUGAGAAUGGGACACUUCGGCCUAUGUACAGUCUAAUAUUUUUAUUUCUUUUUUUUUCAAAGUAUCUUUUUUCGUUUUUUUUUUUUACAUGUAGAUCUAUUAAUCAAAUAAAUUCCAGUGCUGAUAAAAGAACUUCUUGUAUAUACUAUAAAAAUACAUAUUUCUUUGUAGCCCGACCUUUCCUCUGGCCCUGACAUCAUGUCAGGUGUAAGGCCUAUACACCAGACAUGGUGUCAGGACCAGAGCAAACUCGGGCUAAUUUCAGUAGAAAUCUGUAGGUACUAUACAUUGUAGCUUCGACAUGUAUCGGGUAUUGAUAUUUGGCGAUCUGUGGUACAUAUAUACGGCAUCAUCAUAUCAGCUGUAUCGUCACUAAUGUAUAUGUACAUUACUGAGAUUACGUCACGUUAGGCAGUAAUUAAUAUAUCAUUUAGAUGUCCACUCUAAAUUUUCACAACAUUUACAGAACAUUCCAAAAUGGUAUCAUUGUUUCAUUUUGAUUUCAUAUUAUAACUUCUUAAAUCAUGUACUGAAAUACAAAUAACAAUAAGUCUUUGGGGGAUCUUUUUUAGUGUGUAAAUUUCAUAUGCAUGUUUUUUUAGUGGAUUUUUAUCUAUUGUUUCACAAAGUAUAUACACUAUGUACCAGAUACUAGCAAGAUAUUUUCUAUUUAUUAUACACUUCUUCAUCUACUUAUAUAUUUGUUUGGUAUAUGCACAUACAUAUAUCAGUGUCAAUAUUUGUUAUUCAAUAAUUUUAAGUGUUAUUAUCACUGAACCUUUGUUUUAUCUAUGCGUAAGCAUGGGCAUCUCAGCACAUGGUUGCUAUAAUGAUUUCAACAUUUACUUGGGUGUUUAAUUGGACUUUGUUGAUAUAUUCUGAAUCUCCUCUCCUUUACCGUUAAUUGGAGUUUGUUAAUUAAUUGUACAAUUUUAUAUCUCGGUUUACCUGGGACUGAGCUUAAUUUCUAUGUAUAUGCAGAUUUGUCUGCAUCGACAUCCAAACACACACACUUCAGAUGCUGAAUAUUCCCUACAAUUUGACUUUGGGAAACGGACAAACGGGACAUAAUAUAAUUACAUGUAAUUCUUAAGUAUACGGAUCAAAGUUAUAUGCAGCCGAGUACAUGAUUAAUUAAAUUCAAAAUCAUUGCCUACCUAGAGACCGAACCCGGGACCUCUGGCUUACUAGUCUUACGCUCAAACGAUCGAGCUAAAGGGAAAAUUUCUCCAUCUACCAGGGUUACACAAAUAACAUCCACAAGACAUGACUUGUUUUUGAGUUCAUAAUAUAUAAUUCACGUACAUAAAACACAAGAGUUCAUAAUAUAUAACCCCCGUACAUAAAACAUGACUUAGGGACCUGUUUAUGAAUUUAACGUACUAGUAUACAUAAAAAAAUAUUAUCAUUGUAGUUCAUUUAAUGAUUUAUUUUGGGGGGGUUAUCAAUUCAAUGUACAUAAAUACAAUAAUUUAUUGUUGUAUUCUAUAGCAAAGAUAUAUUUUUUCACAUUUCUGAAAAUAAUAGACAAUACAUGUAUGUUCAUAUUGUAUCAAUUGCGAAAAUAAUUUACAUCAGCUUUCGUUUUAUGGCGAUUUUAUGCCUUGGGGGAAGGAUGAUUUACAUGUGUUCUCCACUUUAUUAAAUCCAAGUUAUGUAUUCAUGUAUAGGUAGGUACUAAAUUGUUUAAAGCAUAACGUUUUGUUAUUACAUACAGAUAAGCGUAUAUUUUAGACGAAACAUGAAUUAUCUCAACUAAAAUUUCAUUAAGAUUGAUAUUUUGAUAUUGUACUUUGGAUAUUUUUGAAUUUAUUUAAAUAAACGCAUCAAAAAGU